AUGCUUGCAAAACUUCACUCCUCCGUUCUUCAACAACAUUCCAAUCGGAGCAGCAACCCAAACGGCAGGAUUAAUCAAGAAGAACCAAAGAACAAUCAAGACACACCAAGUCAAAAUGAUGUCGGAGCAUUUCCAACGCAAUUCAACUCCAUAACUAUUAGUAAUCACAAACGACGAUUAAAAACUUGUUGUCUUUAUUAUGAUGAUGUCUUGGAUGAAUAUUAUUUAUUUCGUGAAAAUCAAGAACCUGAAGAUUUAAUGCAAUUGUUGAAUGAAUUGGAUCGUCAUCGAUGUUAUAAUGAUGUAGAAAAUGCCAUCCAAUGUAUUAACGAAUGUAUUCGACGAUAUCCCGAUUAUUUCUAUCUUUACUACAAGGCUAGUUUUUUGUAUAAAUCAAUGAAGAGUCAAAUGGUACAAACCAUUAGAUUUUGUAAAAUGGCAAUUCAUAUUUGCAUGAAACAAAGAAACAGAUUUUGGAAUUUAUUACUGCAAGGCUUUCUUUUAGAGUUAGAGGAAAAGUAUUUAGAAGCUUUGAAUAUGUAUGAGAACGCCAAAAAAUACAAGACUAAAUAUACAAUGCAUGAAUCCGAUUUAGCAUUUAGGAUUGCAAUGGUAAAAGGAGAUCUUAAUCAAAUUAAAGAAAGCAUUGAUUGCUUUCUGCAAGCAUUUCAUUUACAAAAUCAAUGCAAUCCGACAAGCAUGUAUUAUCUUGGAAUGUGCUAUAACAACAUUGGAUGGUGUUACAGACAACUCAAUGACGAUGUAAACUCUCUCAAAUACUAUGAAAUGGCAAUGAAUAUGUGUGAAGUUUCCCUUUUUUACACCAACAAAAUCAAAGCACUGAAAGUUGCCUCAAAAUACUCUGAGGCUAUUGAAUGUUGUCACAAGGCAUUAGAAUUAACGAAAAACCCCAAGACAAAAUGUGAGAUUUACUGUGAGUUGGGUUAUCUUUACCAUAUUCAAAGAAAAGAUCAUUUGUCGAUAGAAUCAUUUGAGAAGGCUCUCGAGUCUUUUGAUAAGUUCUAUUUUCCCUAUGUGAUGGUUGCUUCAAAACGUCUGGACUUGUCUCAACGUCCAAUAGAAACACUCAACGAGGGUAUCACAAAGUGUGACGAUGGGCUUAGUGAAUUAGUGACCAUGAGGAUGCACAUACAUCGUUUCAACGGAGACAAGAUCGCUGCUGUGCAAGAUGCAAAGAAAUUAAUACAACUUUCGAAAGGUCUUAUUUCGAGAAUUCACUGA